UCCGACUCCAAUUCCAACAGCUGAUUGCUCGGAUGGAGCAGCGGAGGGCACCGGUGGAGUUCGAGGACUUCCUUCCCAUCAUGGCGGAGAGGCUCGGCGAGGAAGGGCUGAUGGAGGAGCUAUGCAACGGCUUCCGCCUGCUCAUGGACCCCCGCCGCCGCCUCAUCACCUUCGACAGCCUCAAGCGCAACGCCGCGAGCUUAGGGCUCGACGGACUUUCCGACGACGAGCUACGGGACAUGCUCCGGGAGGGCGACGUCGACGGCGACGGCGCGCUCAGCGAGCAGGAGUUCUGCGUCCUCAUGGUUCGGCUCAGUCCUCAAUUGAUGGCCCACGCCGCUGCCAGUGCCUUGGCCUUCUGACGACUUGUGCAUUUUGUCUUUCUUUCCCAAAACUGCUACUUAUUUCAGUUAUGUAUGUUGUGCUAUGUAACUGAAAAUUGAAUCUGCAAAAUAAAAAUAGCCUGCUCUCUGUCGGAAUUAAUGUUCUA